ACCGUCAUUUUUCUCAUUUGUGUCAAAAGUGCUAAACAUGGCGGCGGACGGUGACGAAGUGAUCAGUGAUCAGGAAAAAGUUAGAAUCGUUUCAGAUUUUAUCCUUCAUUCGCCGCCCGGUGAAUUCAAUGAGGUGUUUAACGAUGUGAGGGUGCUAUUGAAUAACGAUAGCCUACUGAAGGAGGGCGCGAGCGGGGCGUUCUCGCAGUACAACAAGGACCAGCUCACGCCCGUGCGGCUGGAGGAUGCGGAGCUGCACACUCUAGUGACCGAUCACAACGAGCUAAGCGGAGGACGGUUCUUCGAUCCGCGAAAUAAGCGCUCGUUCAAAUAUGAUCACCUGCGUAAGGAGGCUUCCGAGUACGAGCCCUACGAGCCAGAUCGCGUCGCGGAGCCGUGGCGCGCGGCCCUGGACGAAGAGCUGACAGCGUACGUGGCGGCACACUACAAACACGGCGCCAGCCUCGUGGUGGGGCGCGCGCUCGAGUCGGGCGCCGUGUCGCUCGUCGCCUGCAUCGAGGACCAUCAGUUCCAGCCGAAGAACUACUGGAACGGCCGCUGGCGCUCGGUGUGGUCUCUGACCGUGGGUGGUGGCGCAGCCGAGCUGCGCGGCGUGCUGCGCGUGCAGGUGCACUACUACGAGGACGGAAACGUCCAAUUAGUCAGCUCGAAAGAAGUCCGCGCGCCCAUAGUCGCCAAUAGUGAGUCUGCGACCGCCAAGGAGUUCGUGAAACUGGUUGGCGAGGCCGAGAACGCGUACCAGACUGCGAUAUCCGAUAAUUACAAGACGAUGAGCGACACGACGUUCAAGGCGCUGCGGCGACAGCUGCCCGUGACGCGCAGCAAGAUCGACUGGGCGCGGCUCGUGUCGUAUUCCAUUGGCAAGGAGCUGAAGAGCCAAUGAUGUCUCGCCGCUGCGCUCUGAGCCGCAGCGGGCGCUCCGCGUCUCUGUACAUAU